CUGUAUCGUUUUCAGGUUGAUCCAUGCGUGGAUUUUUUCGAGUUUAGUUGUGGGAAUUGGAUUAAAUCGCAUCCGAUUCCUGACUACCUAACCUUCUACUCACGGUUUACCGAAGUCCGUGAAAGAGUUCUGCAACAGAUGAGAGUAAAGUUCAUGUACCAAAAAUGUGUGGACAAGGAGGAACUGACUAAGAUCGGCUCUAAACGGCUACUGCAAAGCAUAAGGAGUUAUGGAGUAUGGCCGAUGAUCGAAGGCGAUGACAAAUUCCGAGUGGAAGACUUUAAUUUAACAUCGCUGAUGAUUUACAUUACUAAAGCUAGAGGAUUCCAUGUCUUUGUGGCUAACGGCGUCGCCCGCGACGACAAAAAUGUCUCGAGAAGACUUAUCGAGUUUGGUCAAGCUGAUCUUGGUAUGGGAAAAUCGACCCGGGAUUAUUACUUGGAUAGAGCUAAGCAUGAAAAAAGAAUUGGAGCUUACAGAAAGCUCCUUAUUAGCGAGGUGGAACUGAUCAACGAAUACGAUAAUCGCUCUUACAACUAUGAGAAAAUCGCGCAAGAUGUGGACGAGAUAAUCGAUUUCGAGACAAAAAUUGCAAAAGUUAUGGUAGCAGAGCAGGAUCGCCGAAACUUCUUCGAAAUGUACAAUAUUCGACGCCUUAGCGAUCUGCAGAAGCUCAUGCCUAUGAUUGAUUGGACCAGAUACCUUUAUUCCAUUGCACCCUAUUCUGUUCACAAAUACUUUGCAAACGAUCCAAAUGUCUUAAUCAGAGAGAUUGAUUAUGUGAGAAGGAUCACAGAACUGCUGCAGUUAACGGACCCUCGAAUCAUCACCAAUUACAUAUUCAUUCGCUUCACUUCCUCAUGGGGCAAAGAGCUUGGAGAGCGAUUCCACGACGUCCUUCAGGAGUUUCACCGCUCAAUGUAUGGGAGAAAACAGAAAGUUCCUUCAUGGAAAGAAUGCACGUUUUUUACAAUAAACAGAAUGCCUUAUUCUGCUGGAGCCAUCUUCGUUAGCGAGGUAUACGACAAGGCUUCAAAAAAUGUAACGCUAGACAUGGUGAAUGAUUUGAUUGAAGCUUUCAACGAAAUGCUUGUCGAAAAUGACUGGAUGGACAAAUCUACGAAAAAGGUCAUCAAUAAGUUCACACUUUCAGGUACGCAGUAG